AUGCCCCGCUUUCUACAACCUAAAAACUCCACGCAACAUCGUGUAGCAGCAAUUGCCCUGUACAGAGCUCUGCUGUCGCGAUGUUCCUCCGCACCACUGGCCGAUGAUGAUCGCGUCUCUCUGCGCAAUGCCAUCCGCAACAAAUUUCGCCGGAACAGGAAUUUGCAAAGCCCGUACUUACUGGGACUGAGCUACAAGGCUGGAUACGAGACACUCGACCACCUCGAUGCAUCAUCCAACGGCAACAGUGCGAGCUUGGAUAUCCUGAAGCAAUUGGUUCCUCAACUCUCUAAGAGCAUAACUCGAACACCGCGACCAAGAGUGUACCCUGCACCAAUAUCACCACCGAAAGAAAGACUCAGCUGUCUCCCACCCGAACGCGCUGUUCUCAAUGUACGCCCAUUUGCAAAGACCUCUGGCCCACGCCGUGUCCCAAUAAUUGCGACCGCAAACGGCGUCCCCUUCUUGCGCCUCACGAAACCCCAGCCGCCCGCGCUCUCCCGAAUGCUACGCCAGCGCCUUACGAGCAAGAUGAACCUCUUCAACGUUAAGGUCACGUUAGGCAAUUGGUGGUUGCCGAUGGCACAGCAGGAAGAUGAAUGGGACGCGUUGGUCAACACACGUGCUGGCAGAAAAUUAGAUGCUGAAGAGGAAAAGGUGCAGUGGGUUGAUGCGAUCAAGAUGAGCGAGAGAGAGAAUCAGGCCGCAUAUGAAAAGGACCUAGCCAAGGAUAGGGCAUAUAUCAGGAAGAUGCAGAGGAUUGUGGAUCUAGAGACGAAGCUUGCGCUGGAGGAGGGACAGACCAUCAUAAGAGGUCGCAAGAAGCGACCGAUCAAAGUCAUAAAACCACCCAAGCCGAGAAGUCAAUAA